AUGUCGUCGCACAGAUUCGAGCGGAUUCGGCCGUCGAGGGUAGUUGGAGGAAAGCCUUUAAUCCACGAUGCCACUCCCUCAUCGCUGCAGGCCUCCGCUAUUUCUAAAUCCGCAGUUGUCUCGUCCUUCAAAUCGCAUAUUCCAACACCGGUUAAUGGCUCGGUCGAUCACAGGAGCGAGUCCCGCCAGGAUGAGCACCCGGUACACCCCCUUGCAAAGACCUCGCGAUCCUUUUCGAGUGAUGAUGCUCGACCAACUGGGAUACCCCGAAUCAAUGGAAACCAUUCCUCAGCGAGACGUCCUUCCGCGCCUUCAGUCUUCGCAAGCCGGCCAAGCAAUUCUCCCGCAUCUGCUACUCCCGCGAUACCUGCUCCGAGCACAGCUAAGGUCGAAAAUGUUGAAAAUACCAGAGGACGCCCACGGAACGUUCUUCGCAGGAAAGCUAAUUUCAGAAAGCCAAAAGUCGAUACGGAUGUGGCUGUAGAACAGCAGUCCUCAACUUCCCCUGGGGCACACGACGAUCAAAAUGAACAUGGGAGCAUAGAUCAAAGGAGUCAAGAUACUUCGCGCUCAGAGAAGUCUUCUACAUCGCUGGCACGGCUCCCCAAGAUGAAGAUUCCCAAACCUGCCGAACAGCCGGCUCCCCAGCAGAUACCCAAGGAACUUAUCGGCUUACGAACUGUUGUCAACACUCAAAAUCUCCCACCGCCGCCGACACCCAUUUAUGCCCCAAGUGCAAGUCCCUCGACACGUUAUUCCGGAUCCCCAGGUAUGUGGAGUAGUCGAGGCUCGACUCCUACAUCGCUAUCAUCUUAUUCCCCCGGAAUUACGCAGCCCGCAACAACCGGGUAUAGAUUCAAGCAAAGUCCUAUUCAAACACGCCAGCCAACUCUUCAACGAACCACAACGACUCCAGUAUCGCAGACAGAAGGCGACGAACCGACAUUUCUUGGUCCCAUAGCUGGAGAAUCUUAUACCAGACAAAUUAAAAUAGAUGCCUAUGCAGGAGAUCAACGCCAAACACUUCCCAGAAGUCCACCGCCUCGCAAGUCUUCAAUGAAGUUCAAAGCUCCUCACACCUCGGUCGAUGAGACCACUAGCCAACACGCUGAUGUCCAUAUUCCUCAGUCAAGAGGCGAGAACGAAACAUCUUCGAUCAAUAUAGAUACAGCUUCUGAGACGAGAUCGGCAGCAAAUAGCAGUCCUGUCAGACCCAGACGACCAAGUCGUCAGGGAACCGAUCACUUAGAAAAGGCUACUUCUCCGAUUAUUCGCAGCAAUAUGACGGCCCUACGAACGACUGGACACACACGAAGGGAAUCAGCUGAUAAAUUAACGUCACCAGAACGAGUUAGAGGUAUUCCUAUCCGAUCAGCAGCUACCUCUGUCGAAUCUUUUCAAUCUGCGACAUCUAGCAAAAUUCCUUCUCGCGGCCAAAGCCCUUUACGGAUACCAAAGCGACCGACACGCACUUUGGUAAAGUCCCCAAAACCACAGAAUGAAAUCGGUGACGCAAAUACAACCCGAAAAUUCGGUCUCUUCAGUAAAAAAUCAAAGACCAACUUGUCUGUUUCGAAAGGCGACGCGGCUGACAAGUCUUCUCGUAAAGGCCCGGCGGCUGGAACCGGUCAUGAAGGUUAUGGGAAAUACGCGCAUCGAGGGCGCAAGCCUAGUGUUGGCAACAAUGGGGGCCCCAGAGCACGAUCUUCCAGUACCACUGGAGGUAGGUCAGUUACCAGCAGCAAAAGUGGCAAACAGCAGCCUGAUAUCGACGACUUUCUACUUGACCGAUUAGAGCCUGUCGUCAUAAGCGGAGGUGGAGUAGAUCGAGACCAACUUUUCCGAACUCAUAGUGGCCAGAGUAUGAGCAGUCUAAGCGUGACAUCUGCCCCGGAUUCUUCGUCAAUUCAUGCAGGAGCGAUAAUGAAUGGAUACUCUUCGGAAUCUCUUGGCACGUCUGCAACGGAUUAUACGAAGCAAUCAUCUUCAUUUGGUUCAGACUCUUAUCUUCCUUCUCAGCUAGAGAAUCUACACGGCAUGAAGUCCUCUGUUCGGAAUGAUUCGUCUCCUUCUCUGCUAUCAAAUACAACGGGAAGGCGCCGAGGAUCUAACGAUACUCGCACCGUCCCAGAGGAAACCAAGAUCUCUGCACUGCCUCAAAUUUCGAAAGCUAGCCAGAAGCCAGAUUCAACCAAGAAGUCGACCAAUAAGGUCAGCCGAAAGUGGAAUAAUUUCUUCCAUAGAAGUCAGAAAAGUGACCAAAAAGAGCAUGCUGCUGUGAACAAAGUCACAACAGAUGCUCAUCUCCACGCCAAAAUUGCUGUACUACCUAACAGUCGGCCUGUUGCCCACUACGCACUUCUCGAUACUGACUCGGAAACACUUGAAGAUAUACUGAAUCACGUUGAAGAUUCUCCGUUGAGUGAUGAUGAGACGGUCUCACCUCGUGCCGAUCCAAAUUUGCAAGUUCGCCAUGGCACAUCCGUCUUACUUCCGUCACCCCCCGCACUAUGGACAGAAUUUGCCAACGUUAAUAACACCAAUACGAAUACUAAAUCACAGCAAACUCGGCCCGCAUCACCCAAAGUUUUCUUUCACAAGGAAGAGCAAAAUGAGCCAACAGAAGGUGGAAAGCGCAGUCGAUUGACGUCAGUGGGAAGGAUACCGCAAGUAGUGUCGCGUGAGGACCGUGGCCAUAAACCAUCCUCACAGUCUUAUUCGCGGCCCUUCGGUCAUGACGAGGGACCUUUAUUUAGUAUUGGGGGGCAAUAUUCAACUAGUCGACCGCAACUCGAUCUUCGAACGGAAUUUUCCAGGAAUCAGUUCGCCAAUACAGAAUCAGGGACUCCGAAACCAGCAAGUGCUCCGGUCAUCAGUGAAAGUACAAAAUUUGCUUCAGGUGCAUACGCCGACAAUGAAUUCUUGCAUUUCCCAGCUCGAAAGCAAUCACAAGUCUCCUCUUCUACUUCAGAAGCCGAUUCUAUAAUGGCAGCGGUAGCCUCAAUGGGACCAAGACUUGAUACAGCCUGCGAAGAAGAUAUAUGGACUGAAUAUGACGAUCUUCUGGACAUAGUUUUGACUUCUACCGAUGACGCAACAGCAAAAGGACAGAAUACAGAACCAUUUGAAAUGGUUACAAAGGCAAGCAAAACUCUGCAGGCAGAGCUUAAUGCCUCGAAAGAGAAGCCUCGUGUUUCUACCCCGUCCGAUACGCUUUCAGUUCCUAUCUCAGACCUACCUCAACGAUCGAGCGACGCGUCUGUCAGACUACGGCGAUCCCAGAUUGCUACUGCUUUGCAUACUUCUAUGUCGAUUUCUCCUCAAACCUCGUACAGCGAGCUCAUUGCUGGCUACGCAGAGCGCAAUACAAGUACAACUGACUUGACCAUGCCGGAAAGUCCUGCAGUACUUCCGACCAUCGAAGAUCAGUCAGAUGAGCCUCAAUCGCCAACUCCAACAAAGACUGAUUUUGAGAUUACUCGACGGCGAAAUACGAUGUUAUUUGACAUGGCAGAAAGAGACCGGGAAGGCGCUGCUGCUCAAACCAAUCUCCGGUCUGCUUCUCUCAUGACAAGCAGAUGGCUUUCAUUUGGGCGUGUGCUUUUCAGCCCAGCCCACAAUCGCAUCAAGGAGAGCGAAUCGGAUCGUAUGCUGAUUAUUGAUGGUCUCGGCAAUGAUGACUGGUCAUACUAUUGCGCCCUUACCUAUCCUAAUGCCACAAUAUACAGCUUGAGUAUUCGACCCGGGUCCUCGGUUCUUCCGCCGCAUCCAGAGGCAUGGAAACCCCCUAUGAAUCACCAUCUGAUCCAUCAACCUAGCACCAGUGCAGCGUUCCCAUUUCCCAAAAACUUUUUUGCGGUGUGCAUUCUCCGAUUUCCGCCUGCUUACUCUGAAGACGGACAACGAAACAUUCUUUCAGAAUGCAAGAGAGUGCUUCGCCCUGGCGGUUACCUGGAGAUGAGUGUCAUAGACCUGGACCUUGUAAAUGUCGGUAGCCGGGGACGAAAGGCCGUGAGGACUCUGAAGGAAAGGAUCUUUCUCACCGACUCGAACAUUAGUCUUAAACCCGCAAGCGACAACAUUCAAAGACUCCUGGGCACAUGUGGCUAUGACAACCUUAAUCGAUGCAUGGUUAGCGUUCCAGUGGCGGGUAUGGUAGGCGGUUCCGCGCAUUCUUCUAUCUCCAAUCGUUCCAUGGCUGAGCGUUCUUUAUCUUCACGGACGUCUCCUUCGCAGCCGAUAUCUACUACGGACUCGCAACCACAUACAAGGACCCCUUCUGAUGAAACAGGGCGCUCCCUUGGUGACUUGUUGUCAGACCCCUCUCCUUCGGCAACAAAUGACGAGUCCAUCACAAAAAUGGUUGCCAGAGUUGGACGGUGGUGGUAUACAAGGUGCUAUGAGAUACCCGUUCUUGUAGACCCCAGCAAUGAUCGCAGCAUCUGGGCCGAACGCAAACUGUUGAGGGAGUGUCAAAAACACGGUACUGGAUUCAGACUACUUAUCGCAUAUGCUCAAAAGCCCAGCGAAAAAAGACGAACUGUCAGCGUAUGA